UUCGAGAUUUAUUUGCUCGAGACGAAAAAGAUGAUGAUGACGAGCAAAAAUCUUCUUUUCAAAAACGCCAAGAAAGAAUUAAAAAUCAAAUUGAACAAUUUGAAACGGAAAAUGUUGCUGAAAAAGAUUGGACUCUCGUAGGAGAGGCGUCAAGUAAAGAUAGGCCUAUAAAUAGUUUGUUGGAAGAAAAUUUGGAGUUUGAUCAUAUUGUAAAGCCCGUUCCUGAAAUAACUGAGCAAUUUACGGAAAAACUUGAAGAUAUAAUAAAACGAAGGAUUUUGGAUGAAACAUUCGACGAUGUUGAACGUAAACGUGAUCCUAAUUUUAGACCAUUUUUACCUUCGAAAUUAGUUGAAAUAUCAGAUGAGAAAUCAAAGAAAUCUUUAGCUGAAAUAUAUGAAGAAGAUUAUGUUAAACAAACUACUAAAGAUAUGAAAAAUGAGAAGGAUGAGGCAUUAAAGAAAGAACAUAAAGAAAUCGAAAAUAUGUUUAAGGAUUUAUGUCAUAAAUUAAAUGCUUUAAGUAAUUUCCAUUAUACUCCAAAACCACCCAAACCGGAAAUUACCGUUAUUUCUGAUUUACCUGCAAUUUCUAUGGAAGAAGUUAUACCUGUUAAUGUUAGCGAUGCUAAAUUAUUAGCACCUGAAGAAGUUUAUGACAAAAAGAAAGGAGAAAUUAAGGGCGAAACUGAAAAGGACUCGACCGAGAAGAAACGAGCUCGUGUUGCGAAGAAACGCGCCAAGAAGAGAGAGAAGUUAUUAAAAGAACGUGAAAAGAAAGUCAUCGAAAAGAUAAAUCCUGGAUUAGGUAAUAAGCAUUCCAAACAAAAGAUUUUGGAUUCUUUAAUUGGACAAAAGAAUGUUACUAUUAUCGAUAAGGAUGGAACUCAAAAAUCGGCAAUAAGACAUGUUGUUGAUGUUAAAUCCACAUCUUUGAAAUUAUGA